GCCAUGUCGUGCCCUCCGCUGCCGCGCACGGCCGGAUGCUGCUCCAGGACCUUGCCUCGGACGGCAAAUAGAAACUGCCUGCUACCUUCAGCUGGCACCGUUUCAUCAAGCAGCAUUCCAGUGUUGUCUGUGACUCAGCAUUUUUCCCGUGGGCAUACCAGCCUGAGGUUUCCUCUUUACAAGUGGAACAUGCCACUGGAUUCACGGCUAGAGUCAUCACACCAGACAGACGAGAACCGUGGCCUGGAGUCUGGAUGCUUUGGCAGUUCUCACUUGGGAAAUCAGGAAAGUUAUACAAAAGCGUUCCCAGUGCCAAAACCAACCAAUCUAGCUGUGAGCCAGGGUCUCUAAAUUGAACGUGGAAGGCCAGUGCUGAAGUGGAAAAACAGAGGAGAAAGUGUCUCCUGAAUUCCUCUACGAACACACGUCACAGUUGGGUGUUGAAUGCAGUGAUUGUGCCACCUGCUCUCCACUGGCGGAGCUUGUGUGUGGUAGCUGGUCAGGGAGGAAGACAAGCUGCAGAGUAAAGGGAAGAUGCCGCCCCAUCGCUCCUCUGCCCGGGCUUCCCACGGAGAUCCAGGAGAUGUGGGCGAUGCUCAGUCUUGGGAGUAGCAAGACCGUCUUACUUCAGCUAGGUUGCUGUGUGUGUGUGUGCCUCCAAGCCACUUGGGCCUUAUUUGUCACAACAGUGAGUCCUGAUACCCAGCGGAGGCAAGUCGGCUGUAGUGCUCCUCGCUGAGUUCUGACACAGUGAGUGUGUCUCUGACUGAGUGUGCUACACCAUACCCGCCCUGUCACAAGGACAAAGGCAUGCAGCUACUCGACAUGCGUCAGCAUCCAGAGGGGAGGAAGUACGAGUUUGAGUCCAGCGGGUGGGGACUCCAUCCCUGUUCCACUGGGAUGGGCAAGUGAUUCAUCCUCCCUGUGACUUUCAUCAUUUUGCGUGUGGAGGUGUCCACACAGGGCUGCUUCAUGUUCAAGUGGAACUGUGCACAGCGAAGGGGACCCUCCCAUUCCUGCAGAGAAUGAGUUUGAGCCACAUGGAGAAUAUGCCUCUAAGCCAUUCAGGUCCUCAAGGAGCACAGAGACCAUCCUGGAAGCAAUGGCUACUCUACUCAACAACAAUCAUUUUGCUACUACUUUGUUCCUUCAGUACACUCAUUUACACUUUGCUCCCACUCAAGACUGCCAACGAGCCCUGUGUAGCGAAGUUUGGACCGUUACCUUCAAAAUGGCAAAUGGCCUCUCCUGAGCCUUCUUGCGUGAAUAAGACAGCUGACUGGAGGCUGAAGAUACUUCAGAAUGGCUUGUAUUUAAUUUAUGGCCAAGUGGCUCCCAAUACGGCCUACAAGGGGCGCGCUCCUUUUGAGGUGCUGCUACGGAGGAAUGGAGACACCAUACAAGCUCUCACGAACAGCACCACAGUCCAGAACAUAGGAGGGGCUUAUGAAUUCCAUGCUGGAGAUGCAAUAGACUUGAUAUUCAACGAAGAGCAUCAGGUUCUAAAAAAUAAUACAUACCUGGGGAUCUUCUUGCUAGCAAAUCCCCAAUUCAUCUCCUAGAGACUCGACUUGGCCUCCUCCUCCUCUUCAGCACAAGCAGGGAUGCCAGUGGGUAGGAUGGAGGAGGCAGAUUUUCAAUGCCUGCAGUUCAUCUGGGUAUAUAAAUCAACACAAACACCAACUCCACAGCAUGAGAAUUUUCAGUUCUCAUACUUAUCUGAAUGAGAGUCAGAGGAAGGCCAAAGACAUCUGGUUACCCCUGACAUUGGGUCAGCCAAGACACUCGUGGCUAGAGGACAGAAUCUUAAAGUGUCUUUAUCUAAUCCUUGAAUCCCUGGGUGGAAAAAUGAAGUCUUAUUCCCAUGGGAGCCUUACCUGGUAUGCAAAAAAGAUCCAGGGCAGUGGCCUGGCCUUGUUCUCAUAUUCUUGGGCUGUGGACUGCUUCACUUCCUUCCUCCCGUAUUCCCAUCUUUUGAGACUCUCCUCCUAAAAAGAAGUCAGACUGGAGGAGUGGCCACAGAUAUGCCAACAAUGCCCUAUUUGAGAUCCGAUGGCAUUCGAGGAAUAGAGAACACUUUUGAGAACCACUGGGACAGAGGGACAGGUGGCACUGGAAUGGAACGCACUUUAUUUGGGAACUUCCCUUGAGUUCAUCAUACUCAGGAUGCAGGGCGCUGUGUCAAACCAGCCAGUCAAAGGGGUCCUCCUGCACCUUCACCUAGGGCUUCAAGAGAACUUGUUUGUGUACGUGUCUAAACAUUGUCAGUGGCAGAGAAAGGGUAAUCAUAAGAUUUAACCCCAGAAGUUGGUGUUACCAGUACUGUAGUGUAUGUCAUAUUAAUGAUUUCAUACUUUUAGCUGGCUUUGCAGUUUGCAAAGUGCUUUCAUGUAUCUAGCACGUGGGAACUCUAUGAAGGUACGGCAAUGCUAUGAAGUUAAUGGGGUAGGUAUCUUUGGCACAAUUUUAACGAUGAGAAUACAGAGACAGAUGGAGCAUAGGUAACCUGCUUCAGCCCACAGAACUAGUGAUUAACAGGGUCAGUCGGCUUCCCACUGUAUCUCACCGUCUUAGCUUUAGGGUUAGUAUUUCUGCUAACAUAAGUCUAUGAGGUUUAGUAAAUUCAGUUUUCCAGGAGGUGUACUCUCUUUCAGCCCAAGGAAGGUAGAAGGAAGCUAUACCAAAUCUUUCAUUUCUCAGCAAACUUUGCUGCCUUUGCCUGGAGCAGGGAGCACAGGAUGUUCAGGACUUGCUUUAACCCAAUCCCCUUCCUCACUUGGAAGAGCCUGUCUUGGUCAAAUGUGUUAACUUCUAAAAAUAGCAAAUGGCACUCAAUUCAAUGACAGUCUGCUAAAGUUUUGGACUCUGCUAAAUUAAUUAGCUACUUACGGGUUCUUGUUGAAAGGUAUAUAAUUAUGUGAUAAGCCAAUUUAAAAUAUUUAUGGAUAUUUGUAAAAAGCUACAUUGUUAAUUCAGUAUCACUAUGUAAAGGUAAUUUAAAAAUAUCUAUCUUGUGUGCAGCAAAAACUGCUUGGAAGCAGAUUAAGCCUGAGCCCAAGAUGUUUCUUAGGAAGUCUUUUUUUUGGACACCUGCUGAGUAGCUGUAGGACCAAAGACUUGGAUGCCUUGUUCCUCCUGCAUUUAUAUAGUCUCAGGAAAUUAAAGUUAUACCACAUGCUUUUAUAGUAACUUGAUGGCAUUGCUUGGUGUUGAGUUGAACGCAGCAGUGUGCUGGAGUGGGCUAGCACUAGCUCAUGAGCUGACUGUGCAAUUUUCAGAAAUUGCACAAUCUAGUUAUUAAAUACAGUCAUCCUUGAAAUUGGCCACAGUGGGACGAUUUAUACCAUGGGAAUCGGCAAAUGCUACAAAUCAGGGCUUUUUUUGGAAAGCCAUUCACCAGCACACCACUGUUUGUAAAACUCUCCUUAACGACUCCCCUCUGCUGCCUCGUUCCUAAGAUUGAGGCAGUCAAGGGAAAAAGUGAAGAAAAGUGAAGCUAUCAUACUCCCAGCAAAAGUCUCGCAUAUUAAUGAUUUCUCAGGGCAAGUGGAAGUUCCUACAGCUGCAACCAGGGAGAAAGGUAUAAACAAAGGACCUUUGAAUCUCCCUAGUGUUGUAAUUUCAGGCUUUGUUUUCAAAGUAUACUGUUCCUUGUUUCUUCAAAUAGUUGUUUAAACCUAUAAUAAAAUAUAUGAUGGUAAAUGGA